AUGGAAAUGACACCACAAUCCUCUGGCUCGCCUACUUCACCAUUCCGAUACAAUUCGAAUCCUCAGCCACUCUAUGAGUAUCCUUCACCUGCUCAGAGUGACUCACGCUUCAGAUCACCAGAUUCUCUCCCCGCAAUGGGACUUUACUCAUGUCCACUGCCUGGAUCAACUGUAGAAGAUGAGGGCCCGGGAUCACACGUGCAGGCACCCACCGCCACCAACAAUUGGCCAACAGCCUCCAUCAACCAGCACAUAGGACCGAGGUCGUCCCAGUCGACUCCCAACGUCCUCUCAGCAGAGUAUGAUCCUUUUGCUCCUUUUAACCCGGCCGUGUCGGCCUCCUACAGUCAUGAUAUAUAUGGUGCGCAGACAGCUGAGGUGCCCAUACUGCCGGCAUCCCCAGUACCAUCAAUUACCGCUUCGCAACGCUCAUCAUUUUCUUCUGCUCCAGCCUCGGAGAUCUUCACUCAAGCGGGCUCGAUCCAUUCUUACACCCCAAGGAUCAAAAUGGAGGACCGUCCAGAGUAUGUCACAGGGACCGAGCCGAUUCUGAUGAGCUCCCCGCAGCUAGAUCACAACCUGCUCAUCACCUCCGCUAGCCCGUACGCGGGGAGUCUCGAAGCCUCCUUCUACCAAGAUCAAGUUUCUAUGGGCUGGUCCAAGAUGGAAUAUCCUACCUCUCAGGAUCUCCCUUCAAUAUCAGCUCUCCCAAUCCCACCCUACGAGCGGCGUUCGGAGAGCCAGGAACAACCCCCUGCGAGACCUCAGACGCAGCGACGUGUCCCUAGCACGAUAGCACGUACGAGACAGCCGCGGAAGCUCACCACCAAGGAAGAUGCAAACUUUCAAUGCCACGUCAAAGGUUGUGGCAAGCUCUUCGGCCGGAGCUACAAUUUCAAAGCGCACAUGGAAACGCAUGAUGCAAGUCGCGAGUACCCAUUUCCCUGUCCGCUAAAGGACUGCAACAAGAAGUUUGUGAGGAAGACAGAUCUACAGAGGCACCACCAGAGCGUUCACAUGAAGCAACGGAAUCAUCGGUGUGAUUAUUGCAGUCGCUAUUUUGCACGGAAAGACACACUGAGAAGACACAUGGAAGAUGGCUGCUCCAAGCGCUUCGAUAUAGAAACGGUCGACUUUCGGCCACAGACUUACAGCACCAGCGAUCCCAAUCAGAUGAGGCUCGCCUCGCGACCUCCGAAUGUGCAAUUGAGACAGGCAGCAUACAAUCCAUCAGCUCCGUACCCUCCGCACCCUGGCGGUCCUGUCAACCAAGGCCCACGGGACAACUCUCUCACGUCAGCCGGGGGGCCAUACCUGGAGAGACAGGACUACAUGACAGGAGACGGCAGCCAGAACGCAGUGUGGACGAAUUGA